GGGCAUGGGGAUAGACCGCAUCCUGCUGCAGUUCAUGCGGGUUUACUCCGAGCAGGGCAGCCUGGUCCUGCUGCUGAACACCACCACACCUGAGCAGGAGUAUUUCACAGAGCAGCUGCGAGCGGAGGGUGUGACCCACCUGCCGAGGACGGUGACCAGCGACGUGCAGAGCGCUGAGAGAUACAACGUGUACACGGAGGGGGGGGUGCUGUUUGUCACCAGCAGGAUCCUGGUGGUCGACUUCCUCACCGACCGCGUCCCGGCUCAUCUGAUCUCAGGCAUCCUGGUGUAUCGUGCUCAUACAAUCAUCGAGUCGUGUCAGGAGGCCUUCAUCCUCCGUUUGUUCAGACAGAAGAACAAGACGGGCUUCAUUAAAGCGUUCACUGACAAGGCCACGUCCUUCUCCUCCGGAUUCUGCCAGGUGGAGCGAGUGAUGAGGAACCUCUUCGUCAAGAAGCUCUACCUGUGGCCCAGGUUCCAAGCGUCAGUGAACACAGCGCUGGACAGACACAAGCCGGAGGUGGUGGAGCUCAACGUGUCGCUGACUCCGGCCAUGAGGGCCAUCCAGAGCUCCAUCCUGGACAUCAUGAGCGCCUGUCUGAAGGAGCUGAAGCGCUACAACCCCAGCCUGGAAGCCGAGGACCUCUCCCUGGAGAACACGCUGGGAAACGCCUUCGAAAAGACGAUCCGUCACUACCUGGACCCCCUGUGGCACCAGCUGGGCUCAAAGACCAAGGCUCUGGUCCAGGACCUGAAGGUGCUGAAGGUGCUGCUGCUCUACCUCACCCAGUACGACUGCGUCACCUUCCUCAAUCUGCUCGAGUCUCUGCGCUCCAGCCAGAAGAACUUUGGAUCCAACUCAGGGUGGUUAUUCCUCGACUCCAGUACCUCCAUGUUUAUGAACACCAGGGGAAGAGUGUACCGCUUCCCAGAGAGCAAGAAGAAAGUCAAACUGGGAGCGGAGGCAGAGAAACCGAAGCCAUCCUCAGAGGUGAAACGGCAGCUGGUGCUGGAGAAGAGCCCGAAGUGGGAGGCUCUGACCGAAGUACUGCAGGAGAUCGAGAAGGAGAACAAGAGCUCUGAACAUGAACCAGGUCAGAGUGAUAUACAG